ACGAUGCCUUGGGCUGAUAUUGCACGUACAGCAGCUGUAGGGUUGUGGGCGGGGCUUUGAAACUGCUCUCUCAGGUGCGGAGGCUGCGUCAUCAGGUGUGACGCGCCCUGAUUGGCUGAAUUUUUUGUUUGGAAUGAAGGUUAUUUUGCUCUGGUGAGUCAUUCAGAAAACAGAAAGACCUCGGCUUUCCCCGACAUGGAGCUCCGGGAGGAAUGGCAGGAUGAGGAGUUCCCCAGACCUCUCCCUGAGGACACACAGAGUCCUGGCGAUGAAGAGGAAAGCCCUGGAACUGAGGGAAACAGGCCUGACCCUCCAACUAGCCUGGCCCUGACAGGUAAUACCGUCAGGAAGAAGCGACUAGUGGCGCCAAAUCUUAGUUUAACACUGGACAAAACCUCUACUGACCGGAGCAUGAAAUCUGACGAGUUUGAUGCUUCUGCCCUUUCACCAUCUCCUGAUGAUGAUCUAGAGAUGGACAUUAACCUGGAGGCCCUAGAGACACCCUCAGACAGCGAGUCUUACAACUUUCCAGACAGCAUGCACGACUUAGAGUGGGAAGAUGAUCUUCCCAGGAUGGGCAAAGCAGCAAUCAGAAAAGCCAGUUUACUGGAGCACGCAGAGAUGGGACACCUGGACUUGGAUCAGGUGGACAACAAUGGGCGACGAUGGAGACGAUUUCAUAUUGGCGGCCAAGACUACCAAGUCAACAUGAGCGUUCUGGAGCCAUACCUUCAAGUUCUUUCCCACGGAGGAUAUUUUGGGGAUGGAUCGACAGCCAUCAUUAUGUUCACCUCCUGCUACCUACCAGAAAAUACAACAGAACACUAUGAAUAUGUAAUGGACAAUCUCUUCAGGUACAUUAUUGGCACAUUGGACUUGAUGGUGUCUGAGAAUUACAUAUUGGUGUAUCUGUGUGGAAUGGCCCCUCGCAAUAAGAUGCCUGGGAUUAAGUGGCUUCGACAGUGUUACAUGUCCAUCGACAGACGGUGAAGGUCAUUCUCAUAAAUGUUUUAUGUGAGGAAUUUGUAAACUCUGGAAAUUCAGGGUCGACUUAUCAUGUGAGAUCAAUUUGGGAAAUGAGGAACUAAGGAGUGUGGGAUGCUCUUGAAAGCCUGAUUUGUCAUUCCUGCUGGCUCUGUUGCGUCAUUGCAUGAAGUUUCCUCUGCGAUCACUCAUAAGCUGCUGACUGUAC